GUCCUGGUCAAAGGGAACAGAACCACUCCCGGGGGGAUCGCCACAGGGGUACUGUCAUCCUCUUCGAGUCUCACCACAUCUUUCAGUUUUAACGGCUGCACUGUCGGUGAUGAGAGUGAGUCUGGUUUGGACACCUGUUGUGGCAUAUCCUCAUCGUCAAGUAGUAUGUCCGCAUGAUGAAGCCUGUGCCGAGAAGGGGGCGGGGCAGGCGGCUUCCGCGGGGCCAGUUCCAGGUCUUGUUUGUGGUUGGGCAGCAACUGUGAAGAAUGAGACUGCUGCAUGUCUGCAGGGAGCAGUUGUCGACAGGGGGCUUCUUGAAUUUGUGGUUGAGAGGCACCCUCAAGCACUGUUUCCAUGUCCACAUCAUCUGGGGCGGGCUGACAUUUUUGCGCCACUUCAUCUUGCGGGGGUCCGGAGGUAUCCAUGUGCUGCGGACCUUCCCCCAGCAGCAGCGGUGCAGCAGAAUGGAUGUGUUGGCAUUUUUGCGGCACUUCAUCUUGCUGGGGUCCGGAGGUAUCCAUCUGCUGCGGACCUUUCCCCAGCAACUACGGUGCAGCUGAAUGGAUGUGUUGGGGAUCAUCCCCUUCGUGCUGUAGCACCCGCACUAGUUGUGAAGGGUCAUGUUGGCUCUGAAGCGGCAGGGCUGUACAGGAAUAAUGUUGGGGACCGGGCAGGCUCUGAUGUUGUUGUUGCAUCUACAUCGUCGUCUGUCUCUCAAGUUCCUGGUGCCAGUAGGCCUGCAACUGUUGUUGCUGCUGGUGCAAUAUCUCUUGUUGCUGCUGGCAGAGCUGCUGCUGCCACUGCAACUGGAGAUGUUGUAUCGUUUGCUGUUGGUGCACCAAGAGUUGUUGUCGGUUUUGUCUCUGGUGUUGGGCCAGCUGAGCGUGCAGUAGCAUCCCCAGUUGGUCGUCGAAGGAGCUCUGCUGCAGCAACUGUUGCUGCUGCAGCUGCGGUUGUGGCUCCUGGGGUAUUUGCAACGGCAAGCAGUCUCGGCUGUGUUGUAGCAGUUCAAACUGCCGGCCUUGCAUAACUUGUGGCAUUUGGUCGGGAGGCGGUUGCAGCAGCUCAUGCU